AUGAGUGUUGCUGUUAGGUCCAGUUUUUGGGUGUUGAUAUUUGGAACCCUCGGUUAUGGACUAUUCAAGGUGGUCAAACCUGAUAAUGAACUGCUCGAGAAGUUUGACCAAGAAUCCAAGCACACCGAUACAAGAAAGUUCUCCCGUGACACUAUAGCUGUUCUUAAGGAAUCCACUAAUCCAGAUUCCGAAAUAAGUAAAAAGAUAGAUAAUCUACUGAAAAAA